AUGUCGACGCCUACCAACGUGCCUAUUGCCGAUCAGGUAGAUGCGCCCGAGCCCAGUGCGUCGCCAGCUAAGAGCAACGGCCUGCACAGCAACAAAUCGGGCUGGGACGGCAAGCUACGCCUGGAUAAGAACAAGAAGGCCGUACUAGCGAACCCGGAAGCACUGUCCGACGCUGAUUUCUCAGACGAGGAUGCUCCUCCAGUCGAGCAGAUCGAAGCAGAUGAGGACUUGCUCGAAGACGAGGACCCUGAGACAGAGGAGAUCGAUGUCCAGCACAGUCGUGUGUCGUCCAUUCCCGCUCUCCACCUCGAACGCUUCACAAAAGUCGUGAAACUAUGUCUGCGCCAGAACUCUAUCUCGUCCAUCGAACUCCCAGAAUCCCUCGCCACUACCCUCAAAGACCUCGAGCUGUACGACAACCUCAUAUCGCACAUCAAGGGUCUCGAGUCCUUCACAGAGCUACGCAGCUUGGACCUGAGUUACAACAAGAUCAAACACAUCAAGCGCCUUGAGCAUCUGCAGAAGCUGGACCAUCUCUACUUCGUCCAGAACAAGAUUUCUCGUAUUGAAGGCUUGGACGCUCUUUCCAAUCUUACUUAUCUAGAGUUGGGCGCCAACAGAAUUAGGGAAAUCACCGGCUUGGAAACUCUGACAGCCCUCGACUCGCUAUGGUUGGGUCAAAACAAGAUUACUGAACUCAAGGGACUUUCCACUCUUACCAAACUGAAGACUCUCUCCAUCCAAGCAAACAGAAUCACUUCACUGGAGGGACUCAAGGAAAUUCCCCAGCUUGAAGAACUUUACAUUUCUGACAAUCUUCUGGCAUCGCUUGAGCCCCUUUCUCACGCUCCUGGCAUCCGAAUUCUGGACGUUCAGAACAAUCCCAUCACGUCUCUGCGCGGCGUUUCGUCUCUUGUCCAUAUCGAGAACCUCUGGGCUACGAGCUGCAAGUUGGAACGCUUUGAUGAGCUAGAAAAGGAGCUCGGCGACAAGAAAGAACUUUCCGAGGUCUAUUUUGAAGGCAAUCCUUUGCAGAAGAGCAAUCCUGUCUUGUACCGCAACAAGGUCCGCUUGGCUCUACCUCAGGUCUCAAAGAUCGACGCCACAUAUGUAAGAGUUUAA